UAAAAACCAGUCAGAUAUUAUGUUUGCCAUCAUUUUAAUACAAGAUUUUUUUAACAGUGUAGGGCCAUCUAGCCAGAUCACACCCCCUUCAUGCUGGAGUGCUGGUAUUCAUUCAUUCAACAUUUGAGUGCCUUGCCAUGUGCUAGAAACUGUGCUAAGCACUGGGGAUAAAAAGAUUUAAAAACCUGAAACAGUUCCUGCUCUAUAGGAGUUUUCUCAUGGCCAGCAAAGGAGGGAAGAAGAUAAGGGACAAAUAAACAGAUAAAUGAGACCAAAAUAUGCAAAAAGUAAAUACAGUGUAAUUUCCAAGGAGGUAGGGAGGGCAUUGGCAACUGUGGAGAAAGGAAGGCUGGAAUGUAUUGCGACCAGAAGAGGGGAAAGUGUUACUUGGUGGCCACCCUUCUGGUGAUAAUAUCUCUGAGCUUGGUUAGGUUGGUCCUUGAGACCAGGACUUUCAUUUUCUGUCUCUGUACCCCCAGCGCCUAGCACAGUGCCUUGUUUGUAGUGGGAAUGGAAUAUGUGCUUGUUGGUUGUGCCAUCUGUCUUUAAGGCCUCUCAGCAAUCCUUGGUAGUAAGGUGGUAAGGUAAGCAGCAAGGUUAUUCUCAUUUUACGGAACCUCAGGGUGGUUAAGUGACUUGCUGUGGUCACAUAGCUAAAUUUGCAUUGAAGAAUCAAGAUUCCAAAAGGGGAAGUGGUCAUCUAUCAGAGCCUGGGUUUGAAUUCAGGUCUCUUGACUUUGUAACCAAUGAGUUUUCUCAUUACACCAUGCUCUUGUACCGAUUAAGUACAAGGUGUGAUCAGAGACUGCACUAGGCAGUGAAGAAGAAAACAAAUAGUCUAAAUUACUGCACUAACAUCCCAACUGGUCCCCUUCCAGGCUCUCUUCUCCAGUCCACCAGGCUCAGGCUGCCAGAACUAUCUUCCUAAAGCACUGGCAUGAGUGUGUUGUUUUCAAAAACCUUAUGUGUUCACCCUUUGCCAACAGCAGUGGUUCUCAAAGUCUUUUAGUUGCAGCCUGCUAUAUUGAAAAGAGCAUUGGAUUGAGGUUUUUUUUUUUUUAGUCCUGGAUUCAAAUUCUAACUCUGCCAUUUCAUAGCUGUGUAAAGAUUGGUUGAAGGAAUGGAGGAUGUUGAACUUACAGAAAAGACUUUACUGUGAUCAACUCAAUUUAUUCUUUUUGAUCCUAGAGGAUAGAACUAGGAACAGUUGGGUGAAAUUUGCAAAUCGGUAAAUUUAGGCUUGAUGUUAAAGGAAAAACUUUCUAAAAAUGAGAGCUAUCCAAAAGUGAAAUGAGCUCCCUGGAGGAAAGCAAUGGGUUAGACCUUUAUUUAAGGUCUUUAAGAAAAGGCUUCCCAGGGAUGUUGUCGACAGGAUUCUUCUUCAGAUAAGGAUUGGGUUACUUGGCCACUGAGGUCCCUCCCAACUCUGAAAAAAAAAUCAGUGGCAUCAUCAGACUUUCAUCACCUACCUCACAGGGCUGUUGUGAGCAAAGCACUUGUCAAAACCUUAACAGACUGGAGAAAUAAUAAUGUUGGUGAUUCACAGCCUUAAGAAGUCAGUUUAAGUAACUGCUCCUAUGGGGGAGGAGGAAGGAAGGUUCCUCUUAACUGCUCACAAUUAAUAGCGAACAAUAAUGUCGUGGCCACAGUAUAAUUAAGGUAUGAACUGUGGUGCUUAUGGCUUCUUGUUUUCUAUGGCACUUUUUUGUUGUUUCUAAAAACAGGUAUUUUGAACUUUUACCAAAAGAAACUGCUUUAGAAAGGAAACCACAUUUCCUUUUGCAGAUACAUUGAACAUGUUUAUUUAUGUUCACAGACAUAUUGGGCAUAUUUAUUAAUCCAAUAUCUUCUAUAGCCACAGCAUUGCCAGUGUAACCUGGCUUCACAGAAUAAAAUCACCUCAAAAAUUCUGAUUUGGGAAGGGCCAUCCCUAAUGACAUUCUUACUGGUAGCUCACUGAAGACAGACUUAAUCCAGUCUCAUUAGUAUGUUAGAGCUUGAAAGCACCUUACAACAAAAUAAUGUUAAAAUACACACUGGAAAGGACUUCAGGAAUUAUCUAGUCCAAUCCCCCCACUUUUUUUUUUUAACAGAUGCGGAAUUAAAUUUCAGGGAGGCAAAGUAUCUUGUCCACACAUACUAAGUAGCAGAGUUAGAGCCUGAACCCAAUUAUUUGACAGUUUAAUUCAAUAAUCAUUUAACCACCUACUACAUGUAAGGCACUUGCCAGUUUCUGGAGAUAUAAAGACAAAAUGAAAAACUCCCUUUUCCUACUGGGGCAUCUCUCCCUCUCUCCCCCAGAAAUAAAAGCUAUUUGAAGGAAGGGCAAGAUAACUAGUAAGAUCAGGAAAGUCUCUCUUGUUUGUUUUUACAUCACAUUUCUUUACACCCUGAUCUUGACUCGAAUCCAGCAUCUUUUCCAUUACACCAUACUUCCGAGAGGAGAGAAUAUGUUCAAUAAUAAGAAUGUACAUAAUCAAGAGAGUCAUUAACAGUCAGCAGUGAAGGCAAAGAAAGCACAUUUAGAAAAUUAAGGGAUUGGCGAGUUUGGGCCCCACUUCACAAAACGAGAGGGUUUGUGAUGAAAGGUGGGAAGUUUGCAGAGCUUCACAAGGCCGUGUGGGAGAGGUUAGUGGGGCACAGUGAGCCCAGUCCUCCCCACCGGCCUCUCCACGUCUACUUCACUCUUACUUGUCUAAGAGAACAAACGCAAGUUUGUGGGAUUGGUCUCCCAGGUCCUCACCACGGGUUUGCUUGAAGUGCAUUCUUGAAUACACACAAUUGUGUGAAUACACACACACACACACACACACACACACACGCACACGCACCGCAUUCCCUGCGGCUGUGCCAAUUCUGCCUGGUACCCCCUUUUCUUGGGAACAGACCCAAUGUUUCCAAAGAGUCUGGAGUGGAUGACAAUGUGACCCCACUUCCUCUCCUGCAGUUGGCUCUCUUCGUAGCCCGGUUAACUCCUGGAUUGCCCACAGCGGGAGUCCCCCUCGGAUCCUCGGGCAGGCCCACUCCCUCUCUGCACUGAGGCUGGCCUUAAGGACCAGUCCAUCAUGCCUGAAGUCAAAGACCUCUCGGAAGCCCUGCCUGAAAUGCCAAUGGACCCCAUUACAGGAGUCGGAGUGGUCGCUUCCCGGAACCGGGCACCCACAGGCUAUGAUGUAGUUGCACAGACGGCAGAUGGUGUGGACGCUGACCUCUGGAAAGACGGCUUAUUUAAAUCCAAGGUUACCAGAUACCUGUGUUUCACAAGAUCAUUUUCGAAAGAAAAUAGCCAUUUAGGGAAUGUACUGGUGGAUAUGAAGCUCAUCGACAUAAAAGACACGCUACCUGUAGGCUUCAUCCCAAUCCAGGAGACUGUGGACACACAGGAAGUUGCUUUCAGAAAGAAGAGGCUUUGUAUUAAAUUUAUCCCUCGGGAUUCAACUGAGGCAGCAAUCUGUGACAUCAGAAUCAUGGGCCGUACAAAACAGGCACCUCCUCAAUACACCUUUAUAGGGGAACUGAACAAUAUGGGAAUCUGGUAUCGAAUGGGCAGAGUCCCGAGAAAUCAUGAGUCACCCCAACCCACAACUCCUUCCCCGUCGUCAGCUUCAACGCCGGCCCCUAACCUUCCAAGGCAUAUCUCCUUAACGCUUCCUGCUACCUUCAGAGGCAGGAACAGCACGCGAACUGACUAUGAGUACCAGCACUCAAAUUUGUAUGCGAUAUCAGCUAUGGAUGGAGUGCCUUUUAUGAUUUCAGAGAAGUUUUCUUGUGUCCCAGAAAGUAUGCAGCCCAUUGAUCUCUUGGGGAUCACCAUCAAAUCUCUGGCAGAAAUCGAAAAAGAGAGGAGGAAACUGAGGCCCAGAGAGGAGGAGCGACCUGAUGAAAGCGGGAGAGCUGGUCCUCAAACCCAGGUCACGAGACUCCCGCCCUGCCACUCUUCUCACUCCGUUGGCAAGCUUGGGCCCAGGCCCCCCACGGGACAGGCGGUGACCACCUGCAACACAAAUCCCAUGUGGCGACAAAAGGAUGGCGGCUCUUUCCUGCGGGAGCUGGGGGCCCAAAGUGGUGGAGAGGGGAUGGAAGGAGCAGAAGCACAAGAUUUGGAGCUGGCCGACCUGAUUCUACUCAUUCCCCACACUGAUGCUCUGCAUAGCCUAAGGCAAGUCACAUGACCUCCUGGGUCUCAGUUUCCUCAUUUGUAAAAUUCAUUGGUUGAACCAGAUGCCCUCUAAGCUCCCUUCCAGCUCUCCAGCCAUGAGCCUGCGAUUUAAGCAGUUCUUCCACUUCUAACUUUCUAAAUUCUAUGUUCCCAGACUGUCUACCCUCCCAUCCCCUCCAACUCUAACAGUUGGAUCUCUGGGGAUCCUCCCCAGGCACUGAAAGUGGCCUCUGACUGCUUUUCCUUUGCUUCAUGUACUUCCCCCCACACCCCAGUCCCCAACCACUAUUUGUGGUAUUUUACUUAAAAUUCAAAAAAAAAAAAAAGUAGAGCAAGCUUAAGUUGAGCUCACCAUCUAUGGUUGAAAAAAAUUUUUUUUUUGAAGUUUCAGACACUUGUUUGGAGCCAGGCCAAUUCUGUAACUUGAGCUUCUGCCGUCCAUUAUGUGGCUUGGAGGCGAACAUCUUGCUUGCUUGCCUCUCUGUGGAAGAAGCAUAAAUUCCCUCCCUCUCCUGAAGCGAUUGUAAGCAGAUCUUUCAAGACCUCUGGAAAAAAAAAAUCCAAUAUGGCAGUUCUGGGACUUGGGGAAGGGGAAAGGAGAAACUGUGGGCCUCAGAGACAGAAAAAUUUGGCAGCAACUAAUUUUGUUCCCCCAUCAGACCCAAAAAAACCUUGGCAACCCUCCCUCCCGUCAUUGCAGAGGAGGGGGACUAUGGGUGUGGAAUAUUGCAUAUACUGUCAGCGUGGUUGAUGCAUUGGUUGAAUUUGCUGAACUGUAUUUUUUUUUUAAUUUUUUAAUCUUUGUUUCAAGGGAGCACUUACUGCAGAGGAGAGGGUAUAUUUGGAAAUGAAUAUGAUAUGAAAACAAAAAGCAUCAAUUAAAAACUCAUCUAACCUUAAAAACCAUAACAAUAGCCCUGGCGUUCUCUAAGCAAGCUUUCGAGAAUGGAGACAAGAGCUAAUGUUCGUGAGUUCAUAGCCAAAUGGGAGAUUCUGGGAUUCUG